CGUACUCGGCUUUGGCGGUGCCAUGGGGGCGGAGGAAUAAUCUGGACGUAUUCUGUCAGCCUUUGGGUAUCCUUCCGUCCGCCCAAAUGCCUCCGGCUCGGAAAGGGCACGCUCAUGAUUGGGUUCAAGCGAACUUCCCAGCAAGUCAACUAGCCCGGGCGAACCAUGCCUCUUGUCAUUUCAUUCCGCACGAGUAAUUUAGCACACCGACAUCCCAUCAGAGGCGGGCAUCCAGGCUUCUGACCCCCGAACGAAAUUUGCGGGGUGUCCGGUGUAUAUAACGGGCGCGGCGCGCACCAGGCCUUCCCUCUCACCGUCGCGUUCGCGUUCCUCACGGUACUCCGGCUUCUCCCUCCCUUCCUUACCCCCCACGCUCUUUGCAUCCACCCCUCCGACGCCAUGAAGUUCUCGUCGCUCAUCGCCUUCCCUCUUGCGGCCCUCGCCGCUGUCUCGUCCGUGGUCGGGUCCGCUACCCCGACGAAGAAGGGCGUCGACAUCAUCAAGGCGCGCCAGUUCAACCCGCGCCAUGGCCUCAUCGAUAUUUGCGCGAACUUGGACAUUGACUUGGACAUUCACCUCGGGGACCGCGACCUUGUCUUUGGCCACAUCGAUGUCUGCUUGUGUCUUGGUGCCCUCCCUAACUUCCUCGAGGCUCACGCCGUCGCUGCCGCCGCCGUGAAGCUCGUUGGCCACGAUGUCGUUGCUGCCAGGCUCGAGGCCCUCCUGAACGCUGCCCACAACAAGAAGAACUGCUCAUACCCCCAGCACUACAAGUCCAUCUGCUCAUCGCAAGACCCUUGUGGCUGGGAGUGCACGGACGGCUUCGUCGAAUACCCCACCAACAAGCCCACGCAGUGCAUCUGCCCGACUGGCAAGACCGUCUGCAACGGCAAGUGCGGCGACUUCCCGCACGGUUGCGCUUCGCCGGUGCCCAAGGCCGCCAAGCGCACCCUCAACCGCCUGGAGUACUAAAUUUAUACACCAACAAUCCACAGCUUCACAACGCGCGCAAUGACGCCCCCCAUGCCUGACGAGAUUCAUGCCGGAUGCACGAGUGUGGACCUGUAUCGAAGGAGGUGCAUAUCCCGCCGGCUGCUCCAGGGUCUGGCCGUGCUGUCCAUAGAGCCGUUGUCGGUAUACCUGUCUGUUGGUUGGGACUCUGCACGCUACCUCUACUGCUAGCGAGUUGCCAUUCUUUACUAAUAAUACCUUUUCCUUUCCCUGGUCGAGUUUGUGGUAAUUGUACCGUAGGCUAAUGGUUUGCCGAACUCACGAACUUUUGGUUGCGCUAGCUUCCGAGACGGCGUUCAGUAUACAUACAAGCCCCAUGUUAGUAUAUGGAUAAUAGAGAGAGGGGACAUAGGAUGCCACAAUUCAGUGCUGAGAGUCCGAAACGCCAA